AUGUCAGACUCUAUCUUCCUAUAUGCGAAUGCGGUGCGGGACGACGCGGUUGGCACCGUCGAAGGCUCUGGGCAAGUGCCUUCCUCAGGCAGCUCGACACCCAAACGACUGGCUUGCGACGCCUGUCGUGAUCGCAAGAUCCGUUGCGACAAGCAGAGACCAGUGUGUGGACGAUGCACGAAAGUAGGCAUCAGCUGUCGAUACUCGUCACGUGCGAGGCCCACGCCCUCCAAGACGGACUUGUCAAGGUUUCUCGUUACGUUAAACAAUCGCCUGAGUCAGUUCACUUGCUGUGCAGACUAUAAACCAGCCGCGGAGGCGCAACUGGCGGUAGACCCUUUUUCGCAGAACCCUCAGUCGCUUCCUAUGCUUUGGGACGAAACGAACAUCGGCGAGCCAUCGACAAAUGCACCAUCUAAGAGAAGCUCUCCAGACCAGGCGGCACUACCACAUGCAGGGAUUCGAGACUUAGAUAGCGAUCGAGGCCUGUCAAGCGAUAGCGUCACCGAUUUAAACACCUCGAACAAUUGUUCUGAUCUCUCCGACUUCGACUUUGCUACAUUCGCAGCCACACUGUCCACCGACCAGGCCAUGAUACAAGCCCUAGGUGAAGUGGCCGAGAAUCACGACGUCGAUCUCAUGUGCUCAGAUAUGCCCCCCACGCCUUCUAGCGACAGCGUGGCUAGCAUGUUAGACCCAUAUACACAAUCACUGCACGACAGGUUCUUCAACGUCUUCCACCCAAGUCUUCCUAUAGUUGAUCGAGCCCGUUUUGAGAGAGAAAUAGCCCAAGUACCACCGUCGAUUGAGGUACAGGCCCUGUCGUACGCUAUAAUGACGCUAGGCGCCUCCUCAUCGCUAGAAACGCACGGACAAGCAGAGAGAACGUAUCAGGAAGCGCGAAGCCUACUUGAUAUUUGCGAGAGGCAAGAGAGCGGCGAAUCCCUUACCAGCAUUAACACCCUGCAGGCCUGCACCCUUUUGACCCUCUACGAGCUAAAGCGACCAAAUCUGGCCCGCGCUUGGAUGACCCUCGGACGCGCCAUUGGCCUAAGCAAAAUCAUGAGCCUAGAGCACCCAGAGGGUCCAUCAAAACAGACCACGGACUGGAAUUUGCCAACCCAGUUUCGUCCUCCGGCCUCCAACUCGAGGGAGGCCGAAGAAAGGCGACGGACAUUCUGGAUACUUUAUAUAAUUGACGGCUUCUCUAGCCUUCGCGUUAAUGCAAGCCCAGCCUUUGACAAGCAGGCAAGUCAAGCUCUGUCACUCGCUUAUAGCGGGCUGUCGCAGAUGAUGCUAACUCGGAGUGUCCAGGUCCUGUUGCCCUUGCCUAGUCCCAGCGAUCACGCAAACUCGAAUGUGGCUCCCAUGCCGACGCUACAGCAAGUGUUUAAUAGCGAAGUCUCUCCAGACACGCCAAUAUCGCCCUUUGUUGGUAACGCUAUCAUGAUAUUUCUGUACAGGCAGUAUCUCGACCAUACACGACCGAGUCUGCAGGACCAAACAUAUGCGUUCUGGGAGGCUCACUACCGAAUCGACAAGGCCAUCAAAUAUUGCCGCACGAGCCUGCUCGCCCGCCACCUGGGCGGCGAUAGCUCCCUGGAGCCUCUAUCGCUGGUGUUUCGUAUGAACAUGGACGCUGUUGAAAUGUGCCUGCACAAAACGGCUCUACAGAAGGGUCGAGAUGACGAAUUGCCGGCCGCCUUGAUGGCAGACUCGACAUCAAAGUGUAUGGCGGCUGCACAGGAUGUUGCUGAUGCAUUGCUAGUUACUCGGCAGCUUUGGGGACAGAGGCUUGACGCCUUUCGACAGCUAGAUCAGUUUAUCGUCUGGCCAAUCACCACAGCCAUCCAGAACUGCCUUGAUCGGAUGAAGCAGGGCGAGCGAGAGGCGCAUGCCGGCUACUACGCUCGGGUACUGCGCGUUUUAAUAAGUGCCGUUAGCGACCUUUUGCAACCUGGGACUAUCUCCACCGCCCUCUUGGAAGAGGCCAGGAAAGCCGGCGUAAACGGUGGCUAG